UUUCACUUAAUAUCAUAAAAGUCAAGAAGCUUAUGCGACAUUCUCAUAUGCUAGAUACCUAUACAUAUGCAGUAUCUCAAGCAGCAAAAAAUAGUGAGAAGAAUCUUACAAGUUAGGUCCUUUGUGGCGGAUGAGCAUGCAGCUGCCCGCCUAACCCACGCGUAAAUCGACGCAGCUGCGCUAAGCGUCUACCGUCCUUCGUCCGUCAAAACAAUCCCAAUUGAUGAGACCAUAUUUAACUAAAUUCCGCCUGCUGGUUCAAGAUGAAGUUCUUCAUCGACGACCUUCCCAUUCUCUUCCCUUAUCCGCGCAUUUAUCCGGAACAAUAUGCGUACAUGUGUGACCUGAAAAGGACUCUCGAUGCCGGCGGUCACUGUGUCCUGGAGAUGCCUUCGGGCACUGGCAAAACUGUAUCGCUGCUUUCGCUCAUUAUCGCCUAUCAGCAACACUACCCCGAGCACAGGAAGCUCAUUUACUGCUCGCGUACCAUGUCCGAGAUCGAGAAAGCACUGGCCGAACUCAAGGCCCUCAUGAAGUUCCGCGCCGAUGAGCUUGGCCACGUAGAAGAAAUCCGCGGUCUGGGGUUGACCAGUCGAAAGAACCUUUGUCUGCAUCCUUCUGUAAAGAGGGAAAAGAGCGGCGCCAUCGUAGACGCGAGAUGUCGUAGCUUAACGGCUGGGUUUGUUCGAGAGAAGAAGGAAAGGGGCGAGAGCGUCGACACUUGCAUUUAUCACGACAACCUCGAUUUACUAGAACCACACAACCUUAUUCCGAACGGUGUGUGGACACUUGACGACAUCCUGAAAUUUGGCGAGCAGAAAAAGCAGUGCCCUUACUUUACUGCGAGACGAAUGAUGCAAUACUGCGAUGUCAUCAUCUAUUCCUAUCACUACCUGCUAGACCCCAAGAUAGCAGAACGUGUAUCCAAGGAGCUGUCGAAGGAUUGCAUUGUCGUCUUUGAUGAGGCACACAAUAUCGACAAUGUGUGUAUCGAGUCUCUAAGUACGGAUAUCACCGAGAAGUCUCUAGAUAGAGCCACGAAAGGGGCUCAGAGUUUAGAGAAGAAAAUCAGUGAGAUGAAGGAGACCGACCGAGAGCAGCUCGAGAACGAAUAUCAGAAGCUAGUCGAAGGUCUCAGGGACGCCGAUGAGGCUCGCCAGGAAGAUACCUUCAUGUCGAACCCAGUUCUGCCGGAUGACCUGCUGAAAGAGGCGGUCCCCGGCAAUAUUCGCAGAGCUGAACACUUCACUGCUUUCCUGAAGCGUUUCAUCGAGUACCUCAAGACCCGCAUGAAGGUCCGCCAGGUUAUUUCCGAAACGCCGCCAUCCUUCCUGGCGCAUCUUAAGGAACACACCUUCAUCGAGAAGAAACCGCUGAGGUUCUGUGCCGAAAGGCUGACCUCUCUUGUGAGAACUCUCGAGUUUACGAAUAUCGAAGACUUUCAGCCCCUCCAAGAAGUAGCCACAUUUGCCACCCUUGUUGCGACAUACGAGAAGGGGUUCCUGCUCAUUCUUGAACCCUUUGAGUCCGAUACUGCCGAGGUGCCAAAUCCAGUUUUGCACUUUACUUGUCUAGACGCAGCUAUUGCGAUCAAACCCGUCUUUGAUAGAUUUAGCUCCGUCAUCAUCACAUCGGGAACUAUCUCUCCCUUGGAGAUGUAUCCGAAAAUGCUGGGCUUCACUACAGUCGUCCAGGAAUCCUACACGAUGACCCUAGCCAGGAAAUCUUUCUUGCCGAUGAUAGUCACUCGAGGCAGUGAUCAGGCCACGGUUUCCACCAGUUUCGCAGUCCGAAAUGAACCCAGUGUGGUCCGCAACUAUGGUAACCUCUUGACCGAAUUUGCCAAGAUCACUCCUGAUGGCAUGGUCGUCUUUUUCCCUUCAUACCUCUAUAUGGAAUCUAUUAUUAGCAUGUGGCAAGGUAUGGGGAUUCUAGAUGAGGUCUGGAAGUACAAGUUGAUCUUGGUGGAGACACCAGAUGCACAAGAGACCUCGCUUGCGCUAGAAACAUAUCGUACAGCGUGUUGUAACGGUAGAGGAGCAGUUCUCCUCUGUGUCGCCCGUGGGAAGGUCUCGGAAGGCAUCGAUUUCGACCACCAGUAUGGAAGGACGGUGUUAUGUAUCGGCGUCCCGUUCCAGUACACGGAGUCGCGUAUCCUCAAGGCAAGGCUAGAAUUCCUGCGGGAAACCUACCGUAUCCGAGAGAACGACUUCUUGUCUUUCGACGCGAUGCGACACGCUGCGCAGUGUCUAGGUCGCGUACUCCGAGGCAAGGACGACUACGGGAUCAUGGUGCUCGCGGACCGCCGCUUCCAGAAGAAACGGCUCCAGCUACCGAAGUGGAUCAACCAGGCCAUGCAGGAGGUGGACGGCAAUCUCAGCACCGACAUGGCAGUAAUCACGGCGAAGCGCUUCUUACGAGACAUGGCGCGACCCUUCAAGGCUAAGGACCAGGAGGGCAUCAGCAUGUGGAGUCUCGAGGACUUAAAGGAGCACCAGAAGAAGAUGGACGAGGAAAGGAUUAGAGAGCUACAGGAGCUACAGGAGGAGACUGUGGCUGCGGAGGCUAAGAGGGCCCGGGACAUGCAGGCCUUCAACGAGGACUACGAUAUGAGCGAUGAGGAAGGGAUGAUGGAACUCGACGCCGCCUGAUCGUACGUGGAUUCAUGAAUGAAAUUUGUAUACUAAGCAAAUUGGGCGCUUGGAAAAAGUUAUAGGGAAAACACACGGAAAAGCAACCUUGCAUUGCGAGGCG